ACCAUAAUAUGUAAAAACAUAAAAUUAAAAGAGCAACAAAAAAAAACAAACAUGGCUCUAGCCAAAAAUGGAGCUGAAAUUCCCCUGUUGCCACAAACAGAACAAACUCUGUUUACAAGGGAAAAUCAACAGCUGAUUUUGAGGGCAGUGUUCAACGUAUCGACGAGUAUCAUCGGUGCUGGAAUUAUGUCUGUUCCAGCAACUUUGAAGGUUUUAGGUGUAAUCCCAGCUUUUGUUUUGAUCAUUUUGGUUGCUCUUUUGGUUGACAUAUCAGUAGAUUUCAUGUUGAGGUUCACAUAUAGAGGCGAAUCGAAAACUUAUGCUGCAUUGAUGAAUGAGUCAUUUGGGGAAAUUGGUUCUGUUGCAGUUCAAAUCUGUGUCAUGAUAACAAAUCUUGGUUGCUUGAUCAUGUACCUUAUUAUUAUUGGAGAUGUUCUUUCUGGACAAGGAGAACAUCUUGGUGUUCUACAAGAAUGGUUUGGGAUUCACUGGUGGAACUCGCGUAAUUUCGCGAUCCUCUUCAUUGUCUUGUUUGUUAUGCUCCCUCUCGUCCUCUAUCGACGUAUUGAAUCAUUGUGGUUGAGUUCAGCAUUAGCUGUUCUACUGGCAAUUGUAUUUGUUGUCAUAUGUUCAGUUAUGGCAAUCACAGCAAUACUUAAAGGGCAAACAGUAACUCCAAGAAUGUUACCUAAGAUGGAUGAUGAAACAUCUUUUUUCAACCUUUUUACUGCUGUUCCUGUCAUUGUUACAGCAUUUACAUUUCACUUCAAUGUUCAUCCGAUUGCAACUGAGCUGGGAAAGCCUGCAGCUAUGUCUUCUGCUGUCAAGAUUUCAUUAGUACUAUGUGCAGCUAUCUAUUUUUCAAUUGGGAUUUUCGGGUACCUUCUAUUCGGGGAUUCAAUCAUGCCAGACAUACUUGUAAAUUUUGACAAAUCAUCUGGUACUUCAGCGAUAAGUUCAAUGCUAAACGAUAUAGUUCGUCUGAGCUAUGCAUUUCACCUAAUGCUGGUGUUUCCCCUCUUGAACUUCUCCCUGAGAGCCAACCUAGACGAACUCGUAUUCCCAAAGAUGCCCUUUUUGGCAACUGACACCAAACGAUUCGUGUGUCUUAGUUUAGUCCUCUUAGCCUUCUCAUAUUUAGCAGCCAUUUUUAUCCCGUCAAUAUGGUACAUUUUCCAGUUCACAGGAACAACAACAGGUGUUUGCAUUGCCUUCAUAUUUCCAGGUGCAAUCGCCUUGAGAGAUGUCCACGGUAUAUCUUCAAGAAAAGAUAAGAUCAUUGCAGUGAUCAUGAUUGUUCAAGCAGUUGUGACUAGCUUUGUAACAAUUGCUACUAAUAUCUACAAUAUGAGUGGAAAUAGGCUAUAGUUUAUACGUGUCAAUUCGAUUUUUCCUUUCUUCAAUUCUUUUUUCGUAGAUGAUUCAUUCAUAUCCUUGAGAUUGAGGCAUAGUUGUUAUUGUGUUGUUGAUAUCCAACAUAUAUCAAUGAAUACAGGAUUCAACGAAA